CUCUAUGCACAUGUCUCGUUCUCAGGUCGGUGUGUGUUGUUCACUGUUCACUCGACUGCGUUCGGGGUUGCGGGUUUGAAUGUGCUUUCUUUUUUACUAACCCUAACCUCAUCAUGAGUAUUCCUAGUACUUCUGAAUACCUUAACGAACUAUUGAAUGACAAAACAACCGUCUCGAAAAUGCCCAAGAUUUUUCUUCACGCAGAACGGCUACUCGAUCAAGAAAUCAACAAAGUAAGAAAUGAACUAUUCCAUGGUGCGACAAACGGUGUGGAUAACGGGACAACAUCAAUUGCUGAUCUAUCACUGCCUGCUCCGUCUGGACCCAGGGUGAAGUUAGUGGAGAAAGUUUAUGCACCAGUGAAGGAGUUCCCCAAGUUCAACUUUGUAGGCAGAGUAAUUGGUCCAAGGGGAAUGACGCUAAGAGAAAUUGAAAGUACAACAGGGUGUAAGCUGCUUGUAAGAGGAAAGGGCUCGAUGAAAGACAAAAAACUCGAAGAGGAAAAACGUGGCCAACCUAACUACGAACAUCUGGAUGAAGACCUGCAUGUGUUAAUAUCAUGCGAGGAUACAGAGGAGCGCUGCCACACCCGCCUAGAGAAGGCUGUUGAAAGGGUACAGUCACUCCUUAGGCCCGUGGAGGAAGGAGAGGAUGAGAUAAAAAAGAAGCAACUCAAGGACUUAGCUCUUCUUAAUGGAACGCUGCGCGAAUCAGGUGUCCCGGGUGUGACAGCAGUUUCUUCACUGCCAGGAUCACCAAUCCUACCUGGUGGGCUGCUCGGCAUGCCAAUACAUCCAGGCCUAGCAGGGUACCAGCUUGCGGCAAGACCUCCAGGCCUUCAUGUGCCUUCUCGUAUAUGGGGAGCCGCAUUUCCUGGAGCAUACCCUUCACCCCUCACAGGUCUUGAGUUCCCCUAUGCUGCGACACGCCCAGGCACAUUGUUAGAUUAUCAUGCAGCAUUAGAGCCAUCAAUACUUGGUAUGUAUUGCUCAGGUGCUGUCAAGCCACGUCGACCAAUCAGAGAGCAUCCCUAUCAGAGAUAAGAAUUUCCAGCAAUGGCUAGCUGGCUUGCAGUAGUUCUAUUCCUUACUCCAGAAAGAUUUUAUAUACAAAAUAUACAUUUUUACAUUUUAUAUAAAAAAAUCUCAAAUUAUAUAAUAUAUGAUAUAUACAAUAUUUUAAAAGAUAGACACAAACUCACUAAAAUGAAAUUCUUGUGUAAAUUCUAUUGUACUAAAUGUUCUAUUUUGUAAGCAUAUCCUUUUUUUUAUUUUUGACAUAUAUUUUUUAUACCUGCACUCUUAGUGAGAAUUGGUUUUAAAAAAGUGUUGUGUGAAACACAAUCUUAGUGCAAUUUAGACGUUAUUAUACAUUGAUUUGUUUUCCAUAUAAUUUAAUUAAAAUGUCAAUCACGUGACUUGAGGUAUAUAUAUCAUCCUCUUCUUGCAAGCAAUGUCAGUGAACUUUUGCUUUUCUAAAGACCGUCUAAGCUAACCCGUGCUAAGAAAGUUAACGCAUGUUUUUACGUUUCAUCUUUUUUGUCAUUAUACUCAGCACUUUACACCCUUUUGCUUCUCCUCUGUUUUUUAAAUUUAAAUUAAACUUCUAUUUUCCUGAAUUAUUUGUCGCCUUGACAGGCAACACGGCUUUUUUAUGUACAGUAUUGUCAUUUGAGAACUUGACUUUUCCUGUUGUUUACUCAAAAUGUCUUUCGUAAUUGCACUGCUUUUUCUCAUCUAAUUAGUUCAAAAUAACACACUAUAAUACCAACUUUAAUUGAACACCGGUAAGCAUAGAGUAAUUUCUAAUUCAUGUAAUGUGUUCCUCCAUCCAGCAUAAAAUGGCUAACAACAGGAGCUUAACCCAAGCGUUGCCGUGACAGAGUCUGACUUAGCUCUACACAAACUAAUCCUGCUAUGUGACCAUCAUAACUAGACUAGAAACGGCAUUUAGGCUACAUCAGUAACAAUGACUUCAUAACUACACUUCGAUCUAGACCAUGUAUGAUUACUUUCACCCAGGGGACUGGGAAUUAGCACUAGAACAAGGUUGUGAAAUGGCGGGAGAUGGCGCAUGGGUGUUAGAUGUGUUGAUGCUUGUUUUCCCGCCAAAAUCCACUAAGUGUAUGGUGCGAAAUUUGGUCAGUCCCUCGCGAUGGAAUAAUUUAUAAUUAUUUUUGUUGUAACUUCAGGACUGGAAAUAUAUUGCUAGAUGCCUAUAAAACCAUUAUUGGGGUUUUCUCCUGUUUUUGCAUAGAAUUGGUAUUGGCUUCUAUGUUUUUACUCGCAUAGAUGAAUUAUUUUAGUUGUUAUAUAUUUGCUGACUACUUUUCACGUCUUUAUUGCUUGUAACUCUCAUUAAACUAAGAAAUCUAACGGCACAUCUAACCGUAAAUACCCUUAUUCCCUUAUAAGGUCUUCAUAAGUACCUAUGCCUUGUAUGGUCUGAUUGACAACUGAUUCGCUUACUGUAUAAAAAAAAAAGUUUAAGGACGCGUGUUAAGAUUACGUUUUGUAUCCAAUUGCCAGGAAUAUAUUUCUUUAUUAUGAAAAAAGAUGAUUGUCUAUAGCUAUGAAAUGUAAUAUAUUAUUUGAUGGAUUUAAUACUCGGUGCUUUAUCUACAAACGGCUGUUAGUAGAGUGGAUAUGAUUGCACCUGUUUGAUUUUUUAGGUUUUGAAAGUGAUUUUUGUCAAGUUAUAUAGUUCCUAACCCAUAACGCAAUGCAGGCUUAGUGAUUGCUUGUUCGAUGAUUUUUACAUUGGUGUUACGAUUACUGCAGAAGUGAUUAAAGCCGCAUUGUCACCAGUUUACUUCCGGUGGAUUACCUAACAAUAUCCGAUGAUUUUUAAACGGAAAACGCGAAAAAUAUUUCAAAAUAUUGGAAGAAGUGUGUCUAUUGGAAGUUUCUUUGAGGAUAUGAUUGAUAAUUUAGAGCGGAUGGCCUGUUAAAUAUCUCGGAUUUUAAUAGAUUCUUUUGUCUUUUAACGGUUAAGGUUUCCGUCGGACCUCCGGAAGUAAACUGGUGACAAUGCGGCUUUAACUUUGCUAUCAAUCUAAUUGUGCUCUCUAAGCCUGCAAAGCAUGGUGGGUUAUAGUUUCAGAUGGACAUUUCAACAGCGUGUGACGUAAACAGCGCCAGUGUUGUUGUGUGCUGGCGACGCGUUCAAAAUCCCACUUGUCUCGUCCCCGUUUUACUACUUUCUCGGUCUCUCGAUAUUAGGCAAUGCUGGCGUUGUUUACUUUCGCUUAAAGAAAAUCUUAAUAAUUCAAUCAUCCCCCCCCCCUGAGUCUAUCAGAAUGUACUUUUUUUUGUCUCUGGAAUGAUUUAAUUCAUUAUGACUUUUAAAGUAUUAGAGGCAUUAUUUUAGUUGUAUGUAAUUAUAUUGCCAGGACUCGGUUUUUAGACCUCGCACAGUCAAAAGCUAGGAACCCGAGCCUUGUGCUGGUCUACUUUGUCGUGAUCGAAAAUGAUUGAUGUGAAAAAAAUAAAGAACCUAAAUUUGUA